AUUAAAAAGCUUAGAACUUGUGCGUCUAUGUUGGGUCUUCUCUCCAGACGCCGAUAGUCAGAUAAAGCGUAGAGCUUGGUUGUUUCAUCUCCCUCGUCAAGAAAACGACCAAUAACUAAUCGAAAUCGAUUUCCUUUUUCCUUUCAUUUCUUGGAUACAGUGUUAAAUAAUUUCUUGUGUUAGUUAUUCGCUUUCCUUUUCUAGAUCAUAUCGCUGAAAGAUACCCCAAUACCUUCCGUCUCUGCGAUAAUUAUAUUCUUAUUAUCCGUUUAGCGUUCAAUUAAGCUUCAUCUAUGUUCCAGAUAAACCCUACUACAUACGCAAAUCCAGAAUCUUGCCAGCAUCUUGCUGAUUAUAAGCUCAAACACGGUUUAAAUGGUUACAAAGCGAUCCAGAAGUUCCUCGCUACCUCCCCAACUGGGAAGUCUAGUGUCAAGAAACCCAAUACAAAGAUACCUAGAUGCGAUUACUGUAAUAGAUAUGAAGGUAGACUUUAUAUUUGUUUGAUUUGCUCUUCAGUCGCUUGUCUGGAUCAUACACUUGCGCAUCCCCAAUCUGAGCCUGGCCAUAGCAUGUUUGUAGAUACUGCAAGGGCAGAGAUCUAUUGUGGACUAUGCCGUGAUCAAAUCUAUGAUCCUGAUUUUGAUCAACUUGUGAUGUUUAAGCACUUAGCGGUUACGCCAAACAAUGAUUAUGGAAAUGAAAGCAUUGGACAAAGAUUGACCAAAAGGAGGAGGUCAGCUUCAGGCAUUGGAUCAUUGGAUCCGAAGAAAUCUAAAUGUGGCGUUCCUAUGACCGAUCGGCGGGAGAAAUCGUGUUAUCCGCCGGGUUUGAGGGGAUUGAAUAAUUUGGGAAGCACUUGCUUCAUGAAUUCUGUAUUGCAGGCAUUGCUUCAUGCUCCUCCUUUCAGCAAUUAUAUCCUGAGUGGUGAGCAUCGUCCUGAAUCUUGUCAGAAAAUAGCCACCGACCGGCUAUGUUUGCUCUGUGAUGUUCAUACGAUGUUUUCGGCCAUGUUUUCAGGCGAUCGCAGUCCAUAUAGCCCCGCUCAGUUUCUUUACAGCUGGUGGCAGCAUUCAGAAAAUUUUGCAAGUUAUGAACAGCAGGAUGCUCAUGAGUUUUUCAUUUCGAUUUGGAUAUGA